UACAUUAUAUAAUAUUUUAAAAUUUCCAUAUUGGUAGUGGAAUAUCGGAACACAUCCAUAAUCGGCAGAUUGACAAUGGUGUAAAAAAAGAAUCAGGGAAGGAAUUUGACCUGUUCUAUUAUGUGGUACGAUGUCGACAUUGCCAUCUAACGGGAGGAAACGGCGUCACCAACUAAUCCCGACAUGAUUCUUUGUGUUAUCGACAUAAAUAUCUGAAUGUUUUAGGUUAUAAUGCAGCGUUAAUUUUCUAAUUUGCAAUUUAAGUUUGCCAUUUGCCAUCCGUCCGUAAGGGAGUAUGUAUACGCGUUUACGAUGCAACAUAUCGAUGCGUAUUUUUACGAAAAUAUAGCGCUUUCGUCAUCGGAAAACGGUCAGUGCAGCGUCAAUAUGUUUUGCAUCACGGGCGUAAACUCACAUCCACAUGCCUUCAGCAUCACGAGCAACUCGUAACGAUUUCUCGCCACGUACCUGCAUUAGUGCGUGUAUUCUUUUACACGAAGCUGAGAAAUAUUUUCCGGAUUAUAUCGAUGUAUUAUUUAGUCGACCAAUCAACACUGACGCGCCUGCGCAUGCUCCUCUCUCUCUCUCUCUCUCUCUCUCUCUCUCUCUCUUUCUCCCUCUGUCUUUCUUCGUCAUUUGGGUCGUCACAUAUUUGAGAAUUAACACUGAACUUGUCGAUGUACACCAUAAUUGUAUAUUCUUAUCGCGAAGACAAUGAAGAGCAACAAUACACUCGCGUUAUUACACGUUGAAACGUACUUUCGGCUCGUAGACGGAGUUAGAGUUAGUGAAUGCUGUGGGCGUAAAAUCUGGCUGAGCAUUCAGCAACGCGCUUAAAUCGCGUCACGAUUCGCGCCAAAAAGCACAAGCAUGUCUCUCAGCGUGUAUCGAUCGUGUUCACGUCGUCGCGUUUACGAGCGCUUGCAAAUGGAUUCGAAAGUAACAAACUGUCGCGACUCCGUAGCUGCCGAGUCGCCCGAAAUGCAGGAAAUCACGUCGAAUCGUUGUUAUUGUAAAAUACUUGUCGCUCAGAAUCGUAACAAGCGCGGUAGGCGCCCCUGGCUAGUCAGUCAAUUUGUAACUUUUAAUAUUCCGUGAUACGCAUUGCCUGCAACUGCAUAUUCUUUAUUAGCAAUAUUCGCCGGUAAAUCAAAUUAUCGGAGAGCACCACUCGAGAUAACUAUACAUUCAGGUAUUCAGUUGACGCGGCUCAACAUGUCUCUCGAAUUACAAAAGUAUACGCGAUAAAACGUAAAUAUGCCAUUGUUGUAUAAUUCUAUAUUCGACAUUUCUUAAUAUUUGAGGUGUGCGAAUGCAACUGACGUGAAAGCGAUAACGGCGGACUGAAUUGACAGCGACCUACUCGAGAAUGGUUGGCCAGCGGGAUGCAUCUGUUUUCUACCUUUUUUCCAUCUUUUUUUUUUCCAUUUAGUGAUUUUAUACCGGACGAUACUCGGAGCUGUGCGGCGCUGCGACACGUUUAUUCAGUCGUCGCCAUGUUUUUUAGCGAACCGAAAAUAUAUUCGACUCCUAUUGAGCGAAAUGUGUUGAAAUAUACUGUCGACCGACGACGACGGUCGACCACGUACCAACGUAAGAACGUAUCUCGCGAAAUAAUCGGUCUCUUCAAAGUUCAUGUCCAAUUGCACACGAUGCACUUGGGUUUUCGUCAAAUCAAUGUUCUCGAGUAUGUUUUGCGCCCUCUUUGUAGGCUGCGGCCCUGAGAGCCGCCCAGUUUGUCAGUUUCUUGCUACGGCUCUGUUCUUGUUAACUAAAGUUACCAACAACUAAAGUUGUAACGUAUCAUCUCUGAUCGUAGUUUUCUCCGAAAGGAAGGAAACGAGAGAGACGUGAGAGGUGUAAAGAGAUCUGGUCAGGAGGAAUCAGACUCAACAGUGUGGAAGAGAUCUCUCGACUUGUAAUUUCCCGGUCAAUUCGCUCGUCUCUGUCCCUCACAUAUCCGUAAAGCAUGCUCGCUUUCUUUCUCGUAGUAAGACACCGAGGAUAUACCCGUUUCGUUUCAAGGGCAGAUAGUGUAAGCGAAAGGUGUAGCUGAAAGGUGCUAGAGAAAGGCAAAGAAUGGAUGAAGAAAUAGUAGUAGAUGAUGUAGAUGAAAAUAGUAGUGCUGAAACGCAGCAGAUGGAUGACUCAACAACACCCGUAGUGCCUCUGCUAUAUAUUCAGCAAAGCAAAGUGCGUUCCAGCCAAACGACAAAUGCAAAUCAAACUCUUGUUACACCUAGUACUCAACUCGCUGCUAUUAUUAAUCCGGUAAACAACCAGAUUGUCACCGGGCAAAAUAAGGUGUUUAUACAAGGUUCAGGUCAGGUUACAACAUCUCAAAGUAAGCAACAUAUUGUAAUUCAUCGUCCCAUGAAUAGUGUGAGCUCCACAACAACACCACAAGCUCAAAAGCACAUAUUACUUAGAAAAUCAACGACAUCUACUGCACAGAUUGUGCCUCUAAAUACAAAUCAAGGGAGCCAAUCCAAUGCACAGACAGGAAAACACACUUUUGCAUAUUUGGGAACUCUCAUUAAACCUAACAAAUCACGGGAAUCUGUUGUUAUACCUGCAGGGGCCCUAACAACGACUCAAAUUACUAAGCCAAAAUUAGUAAUUGCUCCAGUAAUAUCUCAGCUAUCUCAAACAUCAACGAGUACCACAAGUGGUUCUCAGAGUCAGUCUUCUAAACAUAUGGCAAACUUAUUAUUACCAGUGACCAUUCCUCAGCAAAGUGGUUCCACAAAACCUAGCAUGUUUAAUUUGAAAAUUAAUACUGCCACUGGUCCAUUUAAUUCGGAAAACAAGGGAACUAUAACAGUGUUACGUGAAUCGAAAACAUCAAAUUCAACUUCGUUGCCACCACCAUUGCAUCCUAUAGCGAAAAUGAGUUUACUGAAUGCAAAUAAGGGCAGCUCUAAUUCCAUAGAUAGUAUUAAAAUUACCGAAAAUCCAGAUUCAGCUGUUAUUACACCAAUUCCGAAAAAGGAAGACAAUAAUCUGCCAGAGAAGCGAAAAAAGACAAUUAGCAAUAUAUUACGGGGUUCUAGCGAAAAACGAAUGAAGAAACAAAGUCUCCCAAAGUCUCCUCAAGACAGUUUGGUGGAUGUUAAUUACGCGCUAAGUAGUCCGGAAUCCGAAGAUAAAGAUAAGAAAGUUCAAAACGAUGACGACAUUACAUUGAUCAAAGUUGUUCCUGGUGAGGACAAAGUCUCGAAACUCAACACAAAUAUGGAUGACGAUGUGAAAAUUGAAAUUAUUAAAACACCAACGAGUUGUAGCGGUUGUAGCAUUGAAACAGUGGCGGACAAUAAAAACGAAGCGAAGUGUAAUAAUUAUGAUGAAACGAAGGAACACUUAAAUACUCUGCAUCAGAACGAUUCAAUGAAUUUCGAUGCUACCAAAGCUUUAGACUGGAAAGACGGGGUUGGUACUUUACCAGGAAGUAAUUUACAGUUUCGUAUGAAUGAGUUUGGCUUUAUGGAAGUACUAGAUGAAGACGAAAGCAGUAAACAGAAUAAGGAUGGUAUUGGUGACAAAGAAAACGUAUGCUUGACGCAAAAUUCUUCAAAGUCUGGUCCUGGCACGAUUAACAAUGCUAGCGUGGAGAAGAAACCUGAUGAUAAAAAAUCUAGAUCGGUAUCUGCGGAUACGAUGUAUCACUGCGAAGGUUGCGGAUGUUAUGGAUUAGCUGCUGAGUUUGAGAGUCCAAUAUCGUGCGGUCCUUCUUGUACAGAACUGAUAGAGUCUAAAAAACAACCUGCAGGUCGAAAGGAUAAAGAUCUGAAGGACCUACGUGCAAAGAAGAAACGCAAGAGAUUAUUACAAGAACAGCAAUGGAAAGACAUAGAGGAAAAGUCUGAUGAAAAGAUGCAUGACAAGGUCGAGACAGAUGAGGAGAAUACAAUGGCAGGAAUGGAUGACGAGAGCCAAGGAGGAGAUUCGUCUGAGUCUAAGUAUCCUUGGCUAAAAGGGAAGCUUGGUUUCUCAUGGCCAAAGUAUCUUGAUCAUUGUAAGGCGAAAGCAGCGCCAGUUAAGUUAUUCAACAAGGAUCCUUUCCCGUACACUAAAAAUCAAUUCAGAGUAGGAAUGAAAUUGGAAGGAAUAGAUCCGGAACAUCCCUCACGAUACUGUGUUCUGACGAUUGUCGAAGUUGUAGGUUACCGUAUGCGCUUGCACUUCGAUGGUUAUCCAGAGAACUACGAUUAUUGGGUAAAUGCCGAUAGUAUGGACAUAUUUCCUGCUGGAUGGUCCGAGAAGAACGGCCAUCGAUUGGACCCGCCAAAGGGUUACGUACCUAGCAACUUCAACUGGAACGCCUAUCUAAAAGUCUGCAAGGCGACCGCAGCGGCGAAGAACAUAUUUCCGAAUAAAAGUGCGUUGCAGGCUGUCUUCACCACGGGUUUCCGAGUAGGCAUGAAACUAGAGGCGGUAGACAGAAAGCAUUCGUCGUUAGUUUGCGUUGCUAGCAUAGCUGGUUUAAUGGAUUCCCGGAUAUUGGUACACUUCGAUUCUUGGGACGAAGUGUACGAUUACUGGGCUGAUGCAAGCUCGCCUUACAUUCAUCCCGUAGGAUGGUGUCAUCACAACGGUCAUAGUCUGACUCCACCAAAUAAUUAUAGGGAUUCGAAAUCCUUCACUUGGGACGCUUAUCUAAAGGAAACGCGAACGAUGGCUGCACCGGCUAGAGCGUUCAAGCAACGGCCGCCUUGUGGCUUCAAACGUGGUAUGAAGUUGGAAGCGGUCGAUAAGCGGGUGCCACAGUUAAUCAGAGUGGCAACGGUUGAAGAUGUUAAAGAUCACAUGUUGAAAAUACGGUUCGACGGUUGGCCCGAAAGUCACGCUUAUUGGGUGGAUGACGACUCGCCCGAUAUUCAUCCUGUGGGUUGGUGUAUGAAGACAGGUCAUCCAUUGGAACCGCCACUUACGCCAGAUAAUUUGAACGAUCGCCCAGAAUGCGGUACAUACGGCUGUCGAGGUAUAGGGCAUAUAAAAGGGCCAAAAUUUGCGACACAUAACUCCGCAUCCGGUUGCCCAUAUUCACCUCAAAAUUUACAUAAAUUAAGGCAGAUGUCUGACAGACUUAAUUUCGCAAAGCAUGAGGCGUGUGACUUUGAGGAUGAUAUGCAGGAUAAGUCAAGGCUAGAAAAGAUUGACAAAAUAAAAAUGGAAAAACUCGACAAGCCCGAUAAACUUUUAUUCCCGGACGACAGGAUAUUGUUGAUGGACAAAGAGAUUAAACAAGAAGAUGGAGAUUCAUCGGAUAAAAACGACAAAAGUGAAAAUAGAUCAGAAAAUUCAGAAAAGUCUUGCAAGUCUAAUGGCCAAACAGAUGAUGAUGAAGUCCCAAGGAAACGAAAAAAGAGACGUCAUGUCUCCGAAGAGCAAUUGUUUUCCGUUUCAAAUUCUACGUACAGCGAUUUGCAGUGGAAUCCUACCCCGUAUGCUACAGGCAUGCCAGAUAAACAACUGCGUAAGGAAUUGUAUCAAUCUGUUUAUAAUCCAGGAUACAAUCCGUUACCAGAGGCGCCACAUGUAUGGGCGAAACAUAGUAAUGCCUUAAAUAGAGUAGUAGCUAAGCAGAACACAAAUCCGCGAAGAUGGUCCAAUGAGGAAGUCACUAAAUUUAUACAAAGUGUUCCUAAUUGUAAGGAUAUCGCUCCGGUCUUCAGAAAGCACAAUAUCGACGGAGAGGCAUUUUUAAUGUUGACGCAGGAGGAUUUGAUGUCGUUAUUAGAUCUACGGCUAGGACAUGCUAUCAAAUUGUACAAUAGUAUAGUUCUAUUGCGGCAACGAGCGACAUAAAUAACGCAAUGUGAGAAAGAUGCAUGAGAUUGACUUAUAAUACGCAGUGCAUAGCUGCCAUUAUAGAGUCUGUUUAGUGCAUAUUUAUUUGAAAUACUAUUAAGUACGGCAUAUAUGCCAAAUAAAUAUUUAUUUAAAAUUCUCUGAUUUCGUCGAUCGGUGCGACAGCGAAAGGUUAUUGCAAAACUUAAACGCUUAUAUGCAUAUCCGUUUAAUUUUUUUAUAUUUGCCAUAGGAUCAUUACAAAUUUAAACAUUUUCGGCAGACUUGGCUACUUAGACUCAGUUUUUGUAAGAUAUUUCUUGUAGCAGAAAUAUUUUUCACGGACUAAGUUUCUUACGAGAAUGUUUCAAUUUAAAAUAUCUUGUGGUAUAUCAAUUCCAGUAAUGCCUGACACAUACGACUUGCAGUAAUUGUAAGUACUUAUAAUUAUAUGUAAUUUCCUCAUAUGAGACAAGUGCAUUGAAUCAUGUACAAAUGUAAAUACAAUUUUAAUUAUUAAGUAUUGUAAUAAAGCGAUUUAAGCAAUCUUUUCACCCACUUCUGUCGCAUGUUUACGAAAUUAGGAAUUAGUAAUAACAAAUCAUGUUUAUCAUCUCACACAUUGCGUGACGCGUUGUAAAAAGCUAAAGAAAAGAAUAUCGAUGUUCGAUACGCGUGUUUGAGGGGAUCUGCGGACAAUUUCCUGGUCGAGAAGCCCGACUGAAGGUAUUACCGACAGUAUGAUUCUGUAGUACUACGCGAGAGAAUACAAUAGAGUCGGGCAGUAUAUGUUAAAAUUUGAUCAAUUUAUAAUUUCGUUUCGUCACAUGUUGACACAAAAAACAUGUUUUUAAAUUUUAAGAAUUUGGACAUUAAGUUAAUCAUAGAUGCUUUGUAAAGUUAUACUGUGGUGCCGAUAAUCAUAAGAGAUUAUUCAAUAUCUCACGGAAUUGCUGAAUCUUUUUUCAAAUAAAUCUCUUUCUCUCUUUUACUCUCUCUUUUUUUGAGAGACAUGACAGCUAUAGGAAUCAUAUACUCUACAAUGGCAUCGAUGGUUAUAUAUUAAAUAUAUAUACUUUUUAUACGCAGAACUUUGAGAAAUAUUGACGUCCAAUUUUAUAUAGAUGAAUUCAACUUCCACCAGUUUUGCUAGUAAGAUAAAACAGAUCGAUUACUAUCGAUUACUAUCGAUUACUUUCGUCCAUAUCUUUAGCGAAUUUUGUAGUUUAAUAUUG